AUGGAACAAUUGACGGAAGCCGAAGUGGGCCUGAGGGGACUUCGGGUUGAAGUGUUUGGAAAAGGAGAGAAUGCUAUUCCCCUGAGUUCGUGGAUGAAACAGGCAGAGGAGGAUGUUGCGCACAUAAGUCGGGAAUUAGAACAGGAGCAAGCGGAGCUGAAUAGAGCAAGAGUCGGAACCCUCGGGGAAGCCAUAGUCCAAGCGGAAGAGUUGGUGGAUUACCACAUGGAGACGAAGAAGGAGUUGAGGCCCACUAACAGCGGUGCCCCUAAGAGUGGGGUUAACAAGUUUGGGAAGCAAAGCUUUAGUGCUGCCAAGAGUGGAGGAGAUCGUGCCCCUGGUCAGUCCACAGGCGGGUCAAGUGGGCAGGGCAGCUCGUGCGGUAGUUUGGGUGGCCAGAAUGGUGGAUGGAAAGCCUCCUCCAGUGCACAAGAUUAUGCUGAGUUCCAGCAGGGAGAGACCCUGUGGCGGAGGCGUAGGCUAAAGAAGAGGAAGAUACGGGAGAAGACACGAUGGCGCCUUAUCCUUUUGUUAUGCCAUGAGUCCAGUGGAGAAGGCACCGGCAAAGCCUUCCUUGGAGAGCACAGGGUAGAUCGAGCUAUCACGAGGCUUCAAGCAGAGAAGCAUGGGCUUGCCAACAAGAAGGGUGUGUCCCGAGCCGUGGAGGCACUAAUGGACAACCUUGGAGGCGAAGAGAUCGAGUAUAUACAACCGGUGGAGAGGAUGGGCUUAGUUCUCACCACAGGAAAAGUGAAGGCCAUCAAUUCAGUGGCUCAAACCAUCAUAGGGGUAAUCAAGAAUUGCAAGGUGAAGGCGGGAUUUGUUUGUGGCCCAAACGGAGUUCCACAUGGUGAAGAUGGAUGA